AUGGGAAUAAUCUUUGGUAGUGAAUCUCAAUUUCAAGUUGUUGGUGACAAACACGAUGCAGGAGAUGCAUUGAUGGAGAAGAACAUGGAUAGAAAUUGGAGAGAUCAUCGGCUCUUGAGGAGGAACGACAUGGAUAAAAAUUGGAGAGAUCACCGUCUCUUGAUAUUAUCUUCAUCAGAGAGAGAAAGAAGAAGAGAGCAAUCCCUAUUUUGGAGGAAAAAUGGUUAUAGACGUCUCAAGUUAUGCGAUGUUAUCAUCACUGCGAAGACGCUUCAACAAUUACUUACCAAUUGCCCAAUACUUGAGGAAUUUAUACCGGCUGGAUGUCUAAAAGUCCCUUUUCCACGAGACAAGUAUACAAUUCUUGAGCUAUCCACGUGUCUACCUUCAGUUCAGGUUCUGAAAAUCUCCAAGUCUUGUAUCAAGUUUGGUAAAGGCAGUAUGCAGAAACUCCCUACUUUACUAGUCCACUUGAGGAUACUUUUUCUUGAUGUGUGUUUUCCGAGACAAGAUGAGCUUUCGUAUGCUCUCAGUGUGAUCAGCAGCUCACCAAAUUUGAAGAAGAUAGAAAUGGAGUCGUGUUUGAAGUAUUUUCUGCUGGGUGAAAGAGAAACUUGCAAGGACUUGCUUGAUCUUCAAGACUAUUAUUUGGGAAUGAAGUUGGAUCAUCUUGAAGAACUUGAGAUAACAAGUUUCCAUAACUAUGCUCAAGAGAUGGAGUUUGUGAAACUCAUCAUGGCUAAGUCACCUCUGCUUAAGAAAGCACCAGUAGAACUCAAUUCAUCUGUUUCUGUUGAUGAAGAAGUUAAGAUGCUUCGAGAUUUGCUACGAUUAACAUUUCCACGUGCAUCGCCAGCAGUGGAUAUCAUUAUUCAGCGCUAAAUUUAGAUUACUUAUUUAAAUUUAAGGAUUGAUUGUUUAAAUGUUUUUUUGGGUUGAUUACAAGUAUUGCGACAACUGUUGCUUUCUACCCUCUGUAUUCUUGAUUAAU